AUGCCGAUCGGCCGGUGCCGCGCGGAGAUGCUGGAGCACGUGCGCCGGACCCACCGGCACCUGUUGGCCGAGGUGACCCAGCAGGUGGAGCGUGAGCUGAAGGGGCUGCACCGGUCGGUGGGCAAGCUGGAGAGCAACCUGGACGACUACGUGCCCAGCGGCGACUCGCAGCGCUGGAAGAGGUCCAUCAAGGCCUGCCUGUGCCGCUGCCAGGAGACGGUCGCCAACCUGGAGCGCUGGGUCAAGCGCGAGGUGCACGUGUGGCGGGAGGUCUUCUACCGGCUGGAGCGCUGGGCCGACCGCCUGGAGGCCAUGGGCGCCAAGUACCCCGUGGGCAGCGAGCCGGCCCGCCGCACCGUCUCCGUGGGCGUCGGGGGUCCAGAGAACCAGUGCCAAGAGGCUGACCCCUACGACUACAACGUCAGCCCCUACGCCAUCACCCCGCCGCCGGCCGGCGAGCUGCCGGGCCAGGAGCCCCUCGACGCCCAGCAGUACCCGCCCUGGGGCCCCGGCGAGGACGGGCAGCCCAGCCCCGGCGUGGACACGCAGAUCUUCGAGGACCCGCGUGAGUUCCUGAGUCACCUGGAGGAGUACCUGCGGCAGGUGGGCGGCACGGAGGAGUACUGGCUCUCCCAGAUCCAGAACCACAUGAACGGGGCGGCCACGAAGUGGUGGGAGUUCAAGCAGGGCUCGGUCCGGAACUGGGCGGAGUUCAAGAAGGAGUUUCUGCAGUACAGCGAGGGCACCCUGUCCCGCGAGGCCAUGCAGCGGGAGCUGGACCUGCCGCAGAAGCAGGGCGAGCCCCUUGACCAGUUCCUCUGGCGCAAGCGGGACCUCUACCAGACCCUGUACGUGGACGCAGAAGAGGAGGAGGUCAUCCAGUACGUGGUGGGCACCCUGCAGCCCAAGUUCAAGCGCUUCCUGCGACACCCGCUGCCCAAGACCCUGGAGCAGCUCAUCCAGAAGGGCCUGGCGGUGCAGGACGGGCUGGAGCAGGGCGCAGAGCCCACUGGGCAGCCGCUGCCCGCCGAGGACCCUGCUGAGGCGCUGACGCCUGCCCUCACCAAUGAGUCCGUGGCCAGCGACCGGACUCAGGUGGAGUAAGGAGUGCUGGGCUGGCCCACCUGCCACCUGCAGGGCAGCUGUCCAGGGACUUGCGAGCUGGGCCCUGCCCCUAUGGGGAAUCCUCCCCAGGUGCCCCCUGGACUUUGGACUGGCAUUCAUACCGCCCAGCAUGGGCACCCCCUUGAGAACAGCACAACACCUCAGGCCAGGGCCCCUGCCCUGAUCACACACACACACACACACACACACACACACACACACCUCCCUGUCUUCCUGGUCCCCCCUCCCACACUCUCAGGCCCGUCUGAAGCUCUACUCAGCACCUGCUUCCGGUGCACAAGGGAAGCCCUGCUGCCUUCAGUGCCAGGGCCUCAGGGCCAGGUGUGGGCAGAGCUCACAGGAGACCCAGUGCCCAAGGGAACUUCAGCUUCCAGUGAUGCCCUCCACUCAGAGCCACCGCUCCAGGCAGCCAGCCUCACUCCCCGGGGCCAUCGGGCCAUCCAGGCUCCUUCCCCCUCGGGAUGAAGUAGAGAAGGUGGCAGCAGACAGCGUCCUGGCAUCUCAGUGGUGACUCACGUGCCCAGAGAAAGGCCUCUGUGACUCAUGGUAGCAGCCGAGGGUCCCCAGGACCUGGGCUCCCACAUGCAGCUGAGGAACUCGGAGGAGAGUGAUGACAGGUCUAAUAAGGCGCCGAGAAGCUGGGCUCUGUGCCUGGACAGCCCUGCCCUCCUCCCUGGCUGCCCCACAGGAGAAGUCCUGAAACAGGACAGGAGAGGUGGCCCCACAUCCACCCAGCCCCAGAGCUGGGCAUGAAGGUGGCUCAGCUUGAAGGCCAGGGCCCGCCUGGCCCCCGCCUCGCUGGUCACCGCCGGGCCACUCUGAGCGCCUCAGCUGGAGCGGGGUUCAUCCCAGAGCCCCUGCUCGCUGCGCUCUGUCCUCCUGCACCCCGAGUCGAGUCCUGAGGCUGGGGCCCAGCCCUGCCCCAUGGCCCCAAGCCCAGCCCAGAGAUUCCAGAAGCCUUGCUCUUGGGGCCGAGGUUGGCUCUCCUGCAGCUGCCCAGGCUGGGCCCAGAGCCGAGCUCCUCAUGUCUGCAGCCCGGGCGGGCACUGUUGGGGUCCCCUUCCGCCUCUCCACUGGGCGUCUCCAGAUUCUGGGGACCACUCUGAUGACAGCUCUGACAGACCACCAUGUGCCCCUGCCAGCCACCCCAGAGUUUAUUUUUGCAACUAAGCCAUCACCCACAUGCAGGCUGGCAUGGCCACAGGGAGGCCCAAGAGUGUGGCCACUGUUCCCCCUACUCGUGUACACACACACACACACACACACACACACACACACACACACACACACCAGGCUUCCACUGCAGUCCUGGCGGUGCCCACCCACCGCCUUCCCCAGACAGAUUUUUUUUAUAACCUUUGUUAAUAAAACAUGGAAACUGGA